AUGGACCAUUACCCUAGGCUUCCCCCGUAUAGCUCUCGAAGUUGCUUCCGGUAUCAUCCAUACCCAAGAGCUGGGAGGAGCUAUGACCGACUGGAACGUGUCGUGGGUGCAGAAUAUGGGGACGACAUCGAGGAUAUGAUACUGGACUCGCCGCCGCCGGUCUCUCUGUUACCUUCGAGCGUGGUUGGCGCUACUUCAAACGAUGAUGUGUCGACACUCCAGCUCGAUGAUCGUGUUCGUCAACACGAUGGAUCUGACGCUGGACGAAAGCAGGAAAAACUGCAGGUUGCGAAGCAGUGGCUCGCUAAGGUGCUCGUUGUAUGGCGAAAGUGCCGGACGCUGCGCGCCGUCCAGGCCUGGUUACCUGUUAAAACAGAGUAG